UAUCGAUAUUGGUCAGAAUCUACUGCAGGAAUGCAUUGUUUGUGCUACUGCUACUCUGUACGGAGUACGCAAAGACUGACAAGUAGCGGCAAGGACGAGCACCAAAGGGCUGGCACAACGGCGUCUAAUCUUCAACCGACCAACCGCGGAACUUGGCGAGCUGAACAGUUCGUUUCAAAAUUUCCGAGGUUGCUGGCCGGAAAGGAUUGGCCCAAGCUCUGCGAGUACGGAGUAGGCUGGAGAGCCACCCUGGUCAUGGAUUCUAAUUCCUGGCCUUCCUGA